AUGGUGUACGGCUUCAAAGGCGAGCUGGUUGCCAAGCUGGGCCGAGGGAAGUGGAAGGAGGUGUAUGGCGGUUGCAAGCGCGUCUUCUCGGUGCUACCCCUGGCCGCCCGCGUGGCGAAAACGACGCUCAUCCUCCACGGCGGCCUCUUCCGGAAGCCCAACCCGCCCAACCGGGCUCGGCAGAAGCGACGCAAAAUCAACGCGCUGGAACUGGGUUCCCUGGAGGAUCUCAGGGCGGCUCACAAGGGCGGCAUGGACCCCAACGGCACGGGCGCUGCGCGGCUGGCCACCGACGUCCUGUGGUCCGACCCCCUGUUGGACCCCGGAUUCCAGUUCAACACCACGCGCAACAUCGGCAUGGUGUUUGGGCCAGACAGGUUCCUGGAGGAAAACGGGCUGAGGCUGAUCCUGAGGAGCCACGAGGGCCCCGAUGCCCGUGAGGGGCGGGAGGACCUGUCGCCGAUGACGGAGGGCUACACCCUGGACCACGACACCCCCGCUGGGCGGCUCAUGACGGUCUUCAGCGCCCCGGACUACCCGCAGUUCAUGCCCGAGUCGCACGCGCGGUACAACAACAAAGCGGCACUGGCGGUGCUCACUGCGCCAGACUACGCGGCUCCCACUUUCUUGCAGUUCGAGGCGGUUCGCCCGCGCCCGAUGGCCCACCCGUACUACGACCUGGGCGUGCCUGACUCGGACGAGGAGCUGGAGCCGCUGGCCUCGGAUGCCAGCGGCAUGACGGACGUGGAGCAGGACACCAGCACCACCUCGGAGGCCAGCGUCUCUGUGGCCCUGCCGGCCGGGAGGGGCGGCGAGGAGGUGGCCAGCGUCGGCGCGGAUGCACCAUGA